AACAAUUUUAGAAAGGGGAAGGAGGAAAAAAAAUAAAUUUCCAGGACUGAGCAGAAAUCACAGCAAAAGCCACGAUUGGAUUGGAUUCCAAAACCGAUUCCUGGGAAGUUCCCCAGCCGGAAAACACGCAUCACCAAUCGUGGAUCUUAUCUAAAACCGCUUCAAACAAGACGAGGCCGGCUGGAUGGGCUUUUAUUUCUCCGAUCUUUGGGAGUUCAGAUUUACUUGGGAUGUUUCCUGCUGUCCAGAAAGCUGCUCUAGCCGGUCCUGUUUGUCAACACCAGAAGCCACGCCCCCCCUCCUGGGUAUCCAGCCAAUCCGAAGCCCAGCAGCCACACCUGGCCCAGACAGGUAAGAGCCAUCCAGUCACCUGGAAAGAGCAGAGGCUAUAAAAGAUUUUUCAGACCAGGUGAUGUGAGCAGUUGCUGUUUUGGGGAGGAAAUUGUCGGCUGCUGAGGGAUUUAUCUCCGGCAUGUUUCUCAUGUCUUAGAUGGAGCUGUUUUUCCCCUUGUUUUGAAGGAAGGGAAAAAAAGGAAAAAUAAAAGAAAGAGCCAGAAGCUUUUAAACAUGCAUUGCUGCUUCUAGGAUCACCCAACUCAAGACAGGCUUUGUGUGCGGCCGGCCAACGCUGCCCCACCACCACCUCAGCAAACAGGGUCUCUACCUGGGACCCCCCGAGAUCCCUUCUGGAUUUCAUGGAAACAGCAACGCUCCUGCCUUCUCAAUUUAGGAGAAGCACCGGUUGGGGUUCCGUUAUGUCCUGCUUAACCCAGGUCUGGCACACCGAAGUGCCAGACUCUCCCCCCUCGACUCCCCAAAGUCCCACCCCAGCGGACCCCCACGAGAGACCCAUCCCGCUCAAUCCGAUCGUGAUCACAUCUCCCUCUGCGGAAAACAGGCCCGCCGUCUGUUCACCCGUGGUGUCUCCCUUGAGUUCCCCCGUCGACGGGAAGACCAGGCUGGGCUCCCCGACGGAGCGCCCCACCUCGCCGAUCGAAUGCUCCAUCUGCUUCAACACCUACGACAACCUCUUCAAGACCCCCAAGGUCCUCCACUGCCAUCACACUUUCUGCUUGGAGUGUUUGGCCCGGCUGACAGCCGCCCUACCGCCCAACCGGGUGGAAGAUCAGCUCCCGUGUCCCUUCUGCAGGCAGCUCACCGAAAUCCCACUCGAGGGCGCUCCAGGUCUCCAGACGAGCAAAGAGGUGAUGGCCACCUUACCGUCGGAACUCCAGAAGGAGAAAACCCUCUGGAUGGAAGGGACCAAGCUUUGCUGCAGACAGUGCUCCGAUCCCGACAAUCCCCACACCUGCGUCACCAUCGACAUCGCCCCCAGCAAGCCCGAAGUCCCCGAGACCCCCACCGAGGGUUUCAUCGGACGUCUCUCGCGCUGUUCGAUAUGCGACGACUGGAAACGCGUCGUCCUGCUUUCCGUGCUCAUCAUUAUCCUCUUUUGCAUCAUCCUGUGGCCGGUUCAGUGUAUCGUCAAGACGGGGAACUUGAAAUGCCUCAAUAAAUUCUCGUACCCGCGGCCGAAUUACGUGCCUUACCAUCUCACCACCCCGGCCCCCGUGCUGGACCUCACCAGGAUCGUACCGUGAUUACCGGGGGUGUGUGUGUGCUGCUCUGAUGUGGGGUGACCGCCGGUCAUCGGGGAAGAAAGUCCACAAGUUCCCCUCUGGAAGAAACCGUGGGGGAGGAUGAGGUGGGCUUGUUCUGUCCGUUCUAGAGGAUCGCGUUGGGUUGGAUGGGCCAUCACGUUGACCUGGUGCGACGCAACUGACGUGAACGCUUGGACGUCCUCCCUCUUGGUCAUGUCGACCUGAAACACCCACGUGCCCACUUCCACACCUCCUCGGUGGCCCUAUGGUUGGCCCACCUGCUUUGUGAGGCUCAACUGCCAAAGUCCAAGCAGAAGACAACCUGUUUUGCUCGUAUGGGAGUACACACUCCGCCACGGGGAGAAUUGUGACAGCGCCAAGCGAACCAAUAGGAUUUCCCCUUCCCAGGAGACGCAAAUCCGAGCCAACGGACCAAACUCUGCAUACUCUUCUCCUUUUGCGGACCUUCAACAUUUUCCCUCUACUUCCGGUUUCGUUUGGGCGAAAGGAGGGGACAACUUCAUUUUCUAUUGUUAUUAAACAUUUCAGUUUUAUACCGCUGAAUUGCGCGUGGGACAGUUGUUGUUGUUAUUGCGAUGAUGUUUUUUCCCCCCGCCAAGUUCUUGGGGUAGAUCAGAAGAGGGGAAAGUAGAUGUCGCUGAACGAGAGGGAGGAACGGUAUUGGGGCAACUGGAGAUUAUAUAUAAACUGCAGUGGGGAUCCUGGUGGAGGAGCGAGAGAGGUUCCUGCAGGUUAAGUCCUCGACUUACAACCCCAAUGGAGCGCAGCAUGUCCGUCGCUAAGCGAGGCAGCUGUGAGUUUUGGCUCCAUUUGACGUCCUUUCUUGACGCGGCGGUUAAAUGAAUUCCUUGCAAGCGGUUCAGUCGGUCACACGGUUGUUAAGUGAAUUGUAAGUCGAGGACUAGCUGUAUCGUAUUAAUCGGUGGUUUGAACUCUGCCUGUCUUUCAUUAAAAAAACCGGGCUGUGUUCAGGCGUAAGAGAAUCUGCGAUAUUCUAAUAUUAUUAUUGAUCGGGGCAGAGAUUCCUGAACUACGGGAUCCCGCCAGACUCGGCUCAUGCUGAAGGAUGCUGGGAAUUGUAUUUCGGUCUCUACGUUUUAUUAGGCCCUGGGUUGAUUUACCUGGGCAAUGCACAAAAGUAGUGUGGAGGGGGGGUCACCGUUCUUCUUUGGGAUCAAACGCUCCUUUUGGGACUAAAUUUCUCAGCCUUAACGACUUCAGAACGAGUCGACUUCAACUCCCAGAAUUCCCCAGCUGGCAUAUAUGGACUUCAACCAAUGGUGGGAUUCAAAUAAUUUAACUACUGGCUGGGCGGGCGUGGCCAUGGUGGGUGUGGCCAUGGGGUGUGAAAGGCAGUACUUGGCCUCCUGCACCCCCCUGGGAGCAAAAACGGGCCAGGGGGUGAGUCGUACCCCCCUGCGCCCCAUUUUGGGCCUAGUAGCCCUCCCUGCACUUACUUGAGAGCCAAAAUGGGGCCUGUGGGGACUCCUGGAAGGGGUGGGGUGGGGCAGGGCGGGGUGGGGCCAGACAGCAAUUUAACAACCGGUUCGCUUGAACCGGCCCAAAUCAGCUGAAGGCCACCACUGACUUCGACUCCCAGAAUUCCCUAGCUGCCAUGUUCGGGCUUCAACUCCCAGAAUUCCCUAGCCACCAUGUGCGGACUUCAACUCCCAGAAUUCUCCAGCCGCCAUGUUUGGACUUCAACUCCCAGAAUUCCCUAGCCGCCAUGUGCGGACUUCAAGGGCCGUGAUAGCUCAGGCUGUAACAAGCCUGUUAUUAGAACACAGCAGCCUGCAAUUACUGCAGGUUCAAGCCCGGCCCGAGGUUGACUCAGCCUUCCAUCCUUUAUAAGGUAGGUAAAAUGAGGACCCAGAUUGUUGGGGGGGCAAUAAGUUGACUUUGUAAAUAUACAAAUAGAAUGAGACUAUUGCCUUACACACUGUAAGCCGCCCUGAGUCUUCGGAGAAGGGCGGGAUAUAAAUGUAAAUAAAUAAAAAAAACACAACUCCCAGAAUUUCCCAGCCGCCAUGUACGGACUUCCAGAAUUCUCAGGCCAGCAUGCUCAACAGUG